AUGGACAAAAUAACGGUCCAAGUCGAAGGCUUGAAAAUUGCGCCUCCAGGGGAAGCCGGAUCUAUCAAGGAUCUGGAAGAGAAAAAAGGGCCUAAUUCCGGGUUCGAACAGAAGUGGUGGAACGAGGACGUCGGUCGUGCAAUGGCACAUACGAAAGCGGCAAGAAAACGUUACCAAUCCUCCCGGUUGGAUCGAGACUUUGAAGGCCUAACAAAGGCGAGACAGGUACAGAAACAGACUAUUAAUAAUGCCCAGACAAAAACAUGGCGUCACCUCACAGCAGCAGCGUCCAAAGAUAAUAAGAAGCUUUGGGACCUUGAAAGGGCGGCACGGCUGCGCGGGUUCAAAUCACGAGAGGCGGGAACGCUCCUGCCCUUAAGGAAACCCGGCUCAAUGAGAGGCCUGACAUCUAAGUUCGACAAGCAGGUAGAUAUCCUAUCAGGGAAAUUCUUCCCUUCCCCAACAGCGGACUUGUCUGAUAUUCUGGAAGAUUUUGACACCAGACUAGACCCCUUUGAAAAGAAGUUUGCCAUAAACAGGAAGAUAGACGAGACGGACAUUAAGGCAGUUCUUGACUUGAUGAAGCCCUGGAAGGCCCCAGGCUGGGACUUUCUGUCAGCAGGAUUCCUUAAAGCGUGCGGCAAACCGCUAAGAGUGGCCCUGGCAGAGGUCGCGGAAUACUCGUUUGUUCUGGGCGAGUGGCCAAAGCAGUUCAAAUCGGCAUCAAUAGUGGUAUUACCAAAAGCCGGAAAGACACCAAAAGAGAAGACCCUUCCAGGGGCCUACCGGCCUAUCGCGCUUCUUAGCUGCAUAGGAAAGUCAUAG